AUGCCUGAGCCCGCGAAGCCUGCGCCCAAGAAGGGUUCGAAGAAAGCCGUCACUAAGACCGCUGCGAAAGGAGGGAAGAAGCGCAGAAAGCCCAGGAAGGAGAGCUAUGCUAUCUACGUGUACAAGGUGUUGAAGCAAGUGCAUCCUGACACCGGUAUUUCAUCCAAGGCAAUGGGCAUCAUGAACUCGUUUGUGAACGACAUUUUUGAGCGCAUUGCUGGUGAGUCUUCCCGUUUGGCUCACUACAAUAAGCGUUCUACCAUCAGCUCAAGGGAGAUCCAGACUGCAGUGCGUCUUCUGCUGCCCGGAGAGCUGGCCAAACACGCAGUGUCUGAGGGCACCAAGGCCGUCACUAAGUAUACUAGCUCCAAGUAACCUGUGAUGCAACAAAUCAAACCAAAGGCUCUUUUAAGAGCCACACACGUUUUCUUUGAAAAGCAGAGUUUCUCGGUUUUGGAUAGAAAAAAUCACUGAUCUCAUGUUAACGCUGUGCCUCUUAAGAGCUGAA